CUCGCCUGAUGACUGGCUGUUUUCUCCUCCUCCUCCCGAAUUACUUCUGGCUGAUCCGCAGUGGGUGUGUUAUAAUCGCGAUAUUCCUUAUCUCUGCCCGAUGUUCAGUGCUUUGAAGAUAACGCUCUUUUUAAAAAGACGUGCCAGUCGAAGAUUCCGCACUGUUGAUGAUCUGAUUGUUCGCGCCGGUCGACGAACGCCGCUGUGUCCAAUUUUCUAGUGCUUUGAAAGUUCCACCGGUUCCGCAAACGUAAAUGUUAGCCAUGGAGGAGGAAUGUGGCCGCUUGGCGACGGACGACAUCAAAGAAGCGGACAUAAUGGAGCAACGCUACCCCAUGCCGGACAGUCCGCUGGAUCUUCGCGGGUCCAGCGAAGCGCACUCGCCGGUGAAGUCCGAGGAUGGCUACAUGGAGCAGCCCCAGAAGAAGUCCACGCAUCAGCUGAUCAAGCCGCCCUAUUCGUACAUUGCGCUCAUCACGAUGGCCAUCCUGCAGUCGCCUAGGAAGAAGCUGACGCUGAGCGGCAUUUGCGAGUUCAUCAUGACCAGGUUCGCCUACUACCGGGAGAAGUUUCCCGCCUGGCAGAACUCCAUCAGGCAUAAUCUGUCGCUGAACGACUGCUUCAUCAAAAUCCCGCGGGAGCCCGGCAAUCCCGGCAAAGGCAACUACUGGACGCUGGAUCCGCUGGCCGAAGACAUGUUUGAUAAUGGCAGUUUCCUGCGUAGGAGGAAGCGCUAUAAGAGGCCGUCAGCCAAUUUGAUGCUGCGCGACCAUCACACGUCUGCAAUGGUUGCCCAGUUCCUGCAGAGCCAAGAAAGCUACCAUAGUGGACUGUUCAGCCAUCCGUCGCUCCACAACCCCUACCCGUACAUUCCAGGCAUUCCGAACGGGUUGCCGAUGUUGAACCCGAUCGAUUUGUCGCGCUUGGGGCUGCCUCAUUUAGGCCUGCUCCCUCAAGCGAACAUCUGCAAGCCCGUGCCUGUGCAACCAAGUGUUACUCCGGUAUCCGAUGCCGAAGACUAUUUACCGACGGAUAUUCGCAAAAAGGCCCGCACCGGAUUCUCAAUAGAUUCGAUCAUUGGCAAUGAAGGUAGGAGCCAGUCCAAGAGUGAAAUGUCGCGCAAAAGCAACUCGCAAAGUCCAGAGAUUCCGGGAAUUUCCAGAAUUCACAAUCAAAUGAGCGCCUUUUCGCCUUUGUCUUCCAGUGAUGAUUGGACGAGAUGAAACUGUGGCGUGUAGUGAUCGAGUUCGCUUAGUUUGUACAUAAUUCUUCUCACUCAAAGACCAAAGAUUACUAUAUAAAGACAUAGACUGUAAUGUGAUUAUUUAGAUGCAAUAUAAAUAUUUAUAACACCGAAACUAGCUGUAGCUCUUUUGACUUAGGAACUACAUGGGAAUCUGUAGGUAACCACCCGCAGGGAAAAGUAUUGUAAAUUAUUGUUUCCUUUAUACUGUGUAUAGAAGAUAUAUUGAAACUUAGUUCUAUAAGUUGCGCGUCUUAGUUUGUGUAUGAAGAAUGUUCGAUAUUUAAUAUAAAUUGUAUACUGGUA